CAGACCCUUCCUCUUCCUCUGCUUGCUCAAAGUUAUCUCCUUUUUUUUUUUUCCUCAUCCAUGGAAGAAGAAUCGCAGAGAAAAACAAACAACUCCAGUUCCUCGACAAGGGCCAAGACCAGAAGACAGCUCCGAAAACCGGAGCACGACGAUCACACGAGCCAUCUCUUUCAAUAUUCCGACCAGAAUCUUAACCUUGUCGUCUCCAGUUCCACUCAGAGCCAUCACUUCCUCAAUAGCUACUACUAUUACUACUACCACCCUUUUCUCCCUCUCCCUCCUCCAUUGCUCCCUCUUCCCCUUCCACAGAGUAUAUUCUCGUCAAAGCCCCGUUUUCAGAAACCCUUUUCCGCUUCCUCCGAUACCCACUUGGCGGAUUCCUCUGUUCAUCCUGUUGUGGAGAAUAACCACCGGGAAAGCCGUGUUUCUCGUCCUGAAGCCGUCGAUGGAAGUGGAAGGAAAGUGAUGAGUUCCAGUGAAGAGACAUUGGUGGUCGCUAACAGACCAGACUCUGGCGGCAAAGAAGGUUCUGUCGUUUAUCUUCUCGCCAACCAUUUCCUUGUCAAGUUCCAGCCUUCUCAGAGGAUUUACCACUACGAUGUCGAGAUUUCUCCCCGCCCUUCUUCGAAAGAAAUCGCUCGGAUGAUCAAAAGGAAGCUCGUGGAGGCGAACCCGAGCAGCUUCUCGGGUUCUGUUCCGGCUUUUGAUGGUCGGAAGAACAUCUACAGUCCAGUUGAGUUCCAGAACGACAGGCUUGAGUUCUUUGUUAAUCUCCCCGUCCCAUCUAGCAGGACGGUAAUGCCCUCGAGUGGCUUGGGAGAGAAGCAACCCGUAAAGAUCGAUAAACUCUUCCGGGUUUGCAUGAGACUUGUGUCACAGUUUGAUGGAAAGGAAAUGAAUAGCUUUCUGACAAAGGAAGGUGAGGAUUCGGUUCCUUUUCCUCAAGAAUAUAUCCAUGCCCUUGAUGUUAUUUUGAGGGAAAACCCGACAGAGAAGAGUGUUUCGGUCGGGAGCUCGUUCUAUUCGAGUUCAAUGGGAGGCAUGAGGGAGAUUGGAGGAGGAGCUGUUGGACUGAGAGGAUUUUUCCAGAGUCUUAGACCGACGCAACAAGGGCUAGCCCUUAACGUCGAUUUCUCCAUUACCGCCUUUCACGAGAGCAUCGGAGUGAUUCCUUACUUGCAGAAACGUCUGGAGUUUCUAAAGGACAUUCACAUGAACAAGGCGAGAGAGCUGAGUGCGGAGGAAAGGAAAGAAGUGGCAAAGGCCUUGAAGAACAUAAGGGUAUUUGUUUGCCAUAGAGAAACUGUCCAAAGGUACCGGGUUUACGCCUUAACGGAUAAGAUCACCGAGAAUCUGUGGUUUCCCGACAGAGGUGGAAACAAUCUAAGACUGAUAAGCUACUUCAAAGAUCACUAUAACUAUGACAUUCAGUUUAGGAACUUGCCUUGUCUGCAGAUCAGUAGGAACAGACCAUGUUACCUUCCUAUGGAGCUCUGUAUGAUAUGUGAAGGCCAGAAAUUUCUGGGAAAGCUUUCAGAUGACCAAACCGCGAAGAUUCUCAAGAUGGGUUGUUUAAGGCCUAUGGAACGGAGAUCGAUCAUAGACGGGGUUAUGGCUGGACAGAUCGGUCCAUCGAGAGGAAACCAAGCGAGAGAAUUCGAGCUGAAGGUUUCGAGAGAAAUGACAUUGCUAAAGGGGAGAAUCCUUAAGCCUCCGAAGCUUAAGCUCGGUGGAAGAGGGCUCGUUAAAGACGUGACUCCCACCCGUCAUGACCGGCAAUGGAACCUUCUAGAAAGUCAAGUUUUCGAAGGAACCCAGAUAGAGAGAUGGGCGUUGAUAAGCUUCGGAAGCAAUAAUCAAGAUCGGAGAUUCGCCAUUGCCAAGUUCAUAAACCAGCUUUCUCAGAAAUGUGAAAACUUGGGCAUCUUCCUCAGCAAGAACACGAUAACGAGCCCCCUUUUCGAGCCGUCUCACCUUCUGAACAGCAUUUCUUUCCUCGAAUCCAAGCUCAAGGAGAUUCAAAGGGCUGCAUCGAACGAUCUCCAGCUUCUUAUCUGCGUCAUGGAGAAAAAACAUAAAGGCUAUGGCGAUCUGAAACGUAUAGCGGAGACCAAUGUUGGUGUAGUAACGCAGUGCUGUCUUUACCCGAACAUAACGAAACUGAACUCUCAGUUUCUCGCUAACCUGGCUCUGAAGAUAAACACAAAGAUCGGCGGAUGCACGGUCGCGUUAUUCAACUCCUUCCCCUCUCAGAUCCCGAGAAUUCUCAGGAUCGACGAGCCCGUGAUCUUCAUGGGCGCUGACGUGACACAUCCCCACCCACUUGAUGAUUCCAGCCCUUCUGUUGCUGCAGUUGUCGGAAGCAUAAACUGGCCGGCGUCUAACCGAUAUGUCUCGAGAAUGAAGUCUCAGACCCACAGACAAGAAAUCAUUCAAGAUCUCGCCUUCAUGGUGAAAGAGAUUCUUGAUGAUUUUUACCGCCAAGUAAACAAGCUUCCGAGCCGGAUCAUAUUCUUCAGGGACGGCGUGAGCGAAAACCAGUUCAAGAAAGUCCUCCAAGAAGAGCUUCGAGCCAUCAAGACAGCUUGCUCGAAGUUCCCCGGCUACGAUCCUCGUGUCACAUUCUCCGUGGUCCAGAAGAGGCACCAUACGAGGCUGUUCCCGUUCGAUCCCGACCGCUCAUCCCCCUCCUCCUCCUCGGACGAGAACAUCCCUCCGGGAACAGUGGUCGACACGGUGAUAACUCACCCGAAAGAAUUCGAUUUCUACCUGUGCAGCCACUGGGGAGUAAAGGGCACGAGCCGACCAACUCAUUACCAUGUCCUGAGAGACGAAAGCCAGUUCACUUCCGACGAGUUUCAGACAUUGGUAUAUAACUUGUGUUACACGUUUGUACGGUGCACUAAACCGGUUUCCAUCGUGCCUCCUGCUUAUUAUGCCCAUCUGGCUGCUUACAGAGGGAGACUCUACGUAGAGAGAUCUUCGGAAUCUUCUAGAUCCAUGCAGAUGACGUCUAGGGUUGGCCCUCCCAAGACUAUUCCUCUCCCUAAACUUAGUGAAAAUGUCAAGAAUCUCAUGUUUUACUGCUAAGUAAUGGAAAUUAAACUUCGUUUUAUA